UAAUUGUUUUGUUUCAUUACUUUUUUCGAAAAAUUGAAUAUUAUGUUCUAUUUUGAAAAUAUUUUUUUAAUCAUCACAGACCUAAUUAAUCCAAUCUGUAGCUUUUCACAAUAACUUACUCUCUUAAAAAUGCCUCCAAAGCGGAAACUUCCCAGGGAUGGCACAACACAAGAGUCUCCAUAUAGCAAGAGAUCUCGGAGGACAAAGCCGAAUCAAACUGAUAUUGCUGAAAAAAUAUUGGAAACUCUGAAAUCUCAUCAGAAAGAAGAUGGUUCGAAUAUUGCAAAUUCUUUUCUCAAAGUCCCUUCUAAGAGACAAAAUCCUGAUUAUCAUGAAACUGUUCGAGAACCGAUAGAUUUAACAAGGAUAACACAAAGAAUGAAGAUGGAUGAAUACAGAGAUAUUGAAUCAUUAACUGCAGAUAUGGAUCUGCUUGUCAACAAUGCUAAGAAAUAUUAUGAUGAUGAUUCUGCUGAAUACAAAGAUGCUAAUGCAUUAUGGGAAUUAUAUCUCGAUACAAAAUCAAUCAUUAUGUCAAACGAUGCUCCUGAAGAACAGCAACAGACUGUUGGUCAAGGGAGUGAAGAAGUGAUGAAUAAAUUGGAUGAUAUUUUUAAUUCAUUGUUGGCUGAAGUUGAUGAUGAAGGUCAAGGAUUGACUGAUAUGUUCAUGCUUUUACCUGAUUCAAAGGUAUAUCCAGACUAUUAUCAAAAAAUUAAGGAUCCUAUUGACUUGACAACAAUAGGUAACAAAAUCCAGAACAAAGAAUAUAAAAAUAUUAAUGAUUUUGAAAAAGACCUCAAACAAUUGAUAAAAAAUGCAAGAAGUUACAACGAACCAAACUCAAAGAUCUAUAAUAAUGCUGUUGCAUUGAAGAAUGCAUUACAAGAUAGACUUCAAUCUGAAACUGAAAUAAAAAUUGAAAAAUCAGAUCCUGGUGUAAAGACAAGUGCUAGAAUCAAACAACGAAUAUCAGCGAAGUUUGAUCCGGAUACUUCUCUGAAAAGACAGGACGCUGUUGAUGUACCAGAAACAAGUGUUCGAAGCAGUCGAGCAACAAUUUUGCAUCAAGCUUCUAUCACAGACACUAGAUUGAAAGGAAAAGAGGCUUUACAGGCUAAAUUGUAUAAUGUGAUUGUAAAUUAUCGUAAUCCUCUUGGACAUUCAAUAUCCGAUGCAUUUGUUCGUCUCCCCAACAAACACCAGCAUCCGAGUUAUUAUGAAGAAAUUGAAAACCCAAUCACUUUUAAAGCUAUUAAGAAGAAUAUAAUAGCUCAUAAAUACAAGUCUCUCGACGAAUUCGCUGAAGAUUGCAGAUUACUAUUCAGUAAUGCAAUGCAUUAUAAUAAAGAAGGUUCGGUCAUCUAUAAAAAUGCACAAACACUGAAACAGUUAAUGGAGGAUAAGCUCCCAGAAAAUAAAAGCCUUGAGGACGAAUUGGAGGAUUCUGAACAAGAUGAAGAGGAGGAAGAAGAAGAGGAAGAUGAGGAGGAAGAAGAAGAAGAGGAGGAAGAUGUGGAUGACGAAGAAGAAGAAGUUGAAGAUGAACUAUACGAGGGAUCUACUCCUGAUAGUAAGAAAGGAAGAAAAAGAAGAGAUUCUCUGAAAUCGAAAGGUUCUGGUCAGAAAGAAAAACCACAGGAUAUGUUUCGGAAGAAUUUACGAUCAUUGUAUGAUGCAGUGCUGGAUGGAACAUAUGAAAGUCGUAGCAUGAUUGGUUUAUUCAUGGAGAAACCGUCACGUAAAGAUUAUCCUGAUUAUUACAAGUUGAUCCUUGAACCGAUCGACAUGAAAACUAUCGAUAAGAAAUUACGUCAAGAUAAAUAUCCGACUGUAUAUUCACUCGUUGAAGAUUUCAUGUUGAUGUUCACUAAUGCUAGACAUUACAAUGAACCUGGAUCAGAGGUGUACCAGGAUGCAGAUAGAUUGCAGGAGAUACUAAGAAAGAAACAAGAAGAGUUUCCUGCAUCUGAAAUACAAGAUGAUGGCAAAAUGACGCCUGUCCCUGUUUUAACAAAAGAACAAGCUCAAAGAAAUCCCUUGUUAAAGUGCAUGGAUCACAUUUAUCAAAAAGUCCGUAACUUCCGAGAUCCUACUGGACGUGAAAUUUGUGAAAUUUUCAAUAAAUUACCAAGCAAAUCUGAACUUCCUGAUUAUUAUCAAGUCAUAAAAAGACCAAUGGACAAUGAUAAAAUACACCAGAAAAUGAUGGCUAACAGUUACCUGAGUUUGAGUGAAUUCAUGGCAGACAUGUUACUGAUGUUUGAGAAUGCUUGUACAUACAAUGAACCUGGAUCUCUUAUAUAUAAGGAUGCUCUUAUAUUACAGAAAGUGGCAGUAGAUGCACAUGAUGAUUAUUGUAUAGUUACCAAGCAAGCACCAAACAUACAAUCGAAAGUUGAAGAUAUAUUGAUAAAUAUAUUUGUUUCGGUCAUCAAUUGUCAAGAUGAAGAUGGGAGGUGCUACAGUGAUACUCUCCAUGAACCAGCUGCUCUAAAGAAAGGCACAGAUACUCCUAUUGCAUCUCAGGAAAUAAGUGCAGAACCGGCCACAGAGGCUAUGGAUGUCACAAACAAUCUCGCACCAGAUACAGCCGAGGAAAAUUUCCCAAAGCCAGAUGAGGAUACAAUUACACUGGAUGUUAUAAGAAGAAAUUUACAUGCAAAAAGAUACAGAAGAUUGGAUGUUUUCCAAGAACAUAUGUUUCAUGUUUUUGAAACAGCAAGAAAGAAUAAUCGCACAGAUUCGGAGGUGUAUGAAGACGCAGUUGAAUUACAAAAAUUUUUCAUCAGAUAUCGAGAUCAGUUGUGUAAAAAUGGUGAAAUACUAUCAUCACCUGCUUUAGCUUAUACUUCAAAGAUAUUGCAAAAUGAAUUAGAUGUCGAAAAGCAGGAAAAACUUCCUGGUGAAGAAUUAGAAGAUGAAGAAGGAAAGAAUGAGGGAAAAGAAAUGAGAGAAAAGGUUCAACUGUCAACUGCUUCAGAUGGAAUGGAUGUCAAGGGUGUAACAUAUCAAGCUGGAGAUUUUGUCUAUGUUGAAGAUACAGAAGAAACAUCCAGUGGAAAUCAUCCACCACAUAUUGCUUGCAUCGAAAAACUAUAUCAAGAUGAAUCAGGUCAACAAAGAAUGUAUGGUGUUUGGUUCUUCAGACCACAAGAGACUUAUCAUCUACAGACAAGAAAAUUCCUCAUGAAAGAGGUGUUCAAGAGUGAUUAUUAUAAUACUGUACCAGUAAGCAGUAUAAAAGGAAAAUGUUUCGUUAUGAUUGGGAAAGAUUAUUUCAAACAAAAACCAGUCGGUUAUCUGGAAGAUGACGUCUAUGUUUGUGUAUCGAGAUAUUCAAGCAGAAUGAAAUCAUUCAAGCGUAUUAAAUUACUAAAUCUGCCACAAAAUAAUACUAAAAUUAUCAAUAGAGAAAAAGCUCUUGUACCAGUUCGGGUGUCAUCAGUUUAUUCAGAAAAUUCGAAGGCAAUGGAAACACCAAAGCUAUCUGACAUGCAUGGGCCACUUGUAACAGAUGAUCUGCCAUGGCCGACUGUUGUUAUACAUAAAAAAAGACAGAAUAUUAAAUUUGACAAUGCAACCCAAGAAAAUAAACCACCAGUGUCUCAGACAUUUUAUCUUCAAUACAACAUCAAUAAUCUAUGUUUGAAAGUAGGUGACAGUGUUUAUGUUCAACAACAACACACUGGUUCUGAUCAAAGGUUGAAGAUUGCCAGAAUAGAAUCAAUGUGGUCUGAUGCAAAUAACGUCAUGUGGUUCCAAGGAUCAUGGUUUGCUCAACCUUGUGAUACAUCUCAUGAACCUACAAGGAUGUUCUUCAAGAAUGAAGUUUUUCUGCUUUCCUUCAAUUCACCAUAUGGUGACGAAGCCACAGCAUCGAUGCCACCACCAACUCCGUUGUCAUGGGUAGUUGGAGUUUGUGCUGUCAUGUCUGUGAGAGAACUCUCACAAUGCCGACCAACUGAGAUAUUGGAAAUGCACAUUCAUGUUUGCGAAUCCAGAUAUCUAGCAGCUGAUAAAUUUAUAAAGAAAAUUAAAGGAGGUUCUCUGAAGAAACCGGCAUCUAGUAACAAGGUAGUUGAUGAUGAAAUGUAUUACUUAAAAAAACCUUUGGAAAUAUCAAAAGAAAUUUCACCCAUUCUUGCUUCGUCUGUAAAACAAGAACUAAGAGAAAGAGAGAUUGAAUUCGCUAAAGAAAAAGAAGAAGAAUUGAGAAGAAAAACGAUGCAGGUCCAGCAAGUCCAAGGAGUACCUAUGCCGCAGCAGUAUCCCCAGCAAAUGAUGCCCCAACCAGGACCUCAGCGACAGUACCCUGCUCCACAGUACCAAGCAUACCCACAACACCCAUAUCAACAACUUCAACAACCUUACGUUGCCCACCCACCACAACAACAAUACAUGGCCCCACCUAAUCAACCCCAGGUAGUGCCAAUUCAACAGCCGUACCAGCAACACCAAUUCCCACCCGGGACCCCAUAUGUAGCUCAUACACAAAUGAUUACACACCAUGGGGUACCUUCACCCGCUCCACAGCAGAUGCAACCCCAGCCCCAAAUGCAACAGCAAUACAUGCAGCCACCGAUACAGUAUACUCCAGCUCAACCAGGAAUUCCACCGCAUAUGGUGCAGUCUCCAAUGCAGCCAGGUAUGCGACAAACAAACACACCAAUUGAUCGCGUCGAAACACCUAGUAGUUCGACAACCGGGACUCCAACAACGAAAAAGAAGAAUCGUGGCGGACAUUCCACUGGAUAUAUUUUAUUCGCGAGUGAAUGUCAUCCCCGUAUGAGGGCUGAAAAUCCGACAAUGCCGUUUGGAGAUAUUAGCAAGCUUGUUGGUGAAGAGUGGAGAAGUCAAACUGAUGAAAAGAAGAGAGAAUAUGAAGAGAAAGCAAGAGAAUUGAGUGCGAAAGCCGAAGCUGAAGGCCGACCAAUGCAAGGAAAAAGAAGAAAAAAACAACAGUUGAAAAGAGAAAUGGAGGAAGCAGCUGCAGCGGCCCAACAGCAACAACAGCUUCAACAACAACAACAUCCACCUCCACAACCUCACAUGGUGGUUCAACAACAACAACAGAUGAUGCUACAGCAACCAUACAACCAAGCACAAUACCAUCCAGGUCAACAAUUUCAACCACAACAAGGAUACCAACCAUCAACACCACAACAAGGCACUCCACAGCAAUACCAACCAGGUCAAACGCCACAAAUGGUUUCGACACCUGGCCCAGCACCUGGUCAGGUCUAUGCCACACCAGUGAAUGCAACUACUGAUCAGAAUGGAUAUUCUCAACAACCUGGUAGCGGUAUGAGACGUGGACCUUUGUUUGUCAAACCACCGCCUAAAGUUCAACGUGUAUUGCAUUCAGAAGCAUACCUGAGAUACAUUGACAGUCUGGAGAAAGGAAAUCGAACAAUCAGUAACUUUGAAAAGACCCUUUCUGUUGAAGAAAAAGAUGUCGAAAUGUCUGUCAAUGAUAUGGCUAAGUUGCCAGCUCAUUGGCUGGCGAAUGGUCAAGGCAGACAUGCUAGCAUCAAGUCUGCACUUUGGUCUCUACGUGAUCUCAUGUUGAAGGAUGCACUGGCGAUCAAAAAUCAUUUCUUGUGAUGGGUAGUCCUGGAGUGACUGUUACUAAAUGUGUCUAGGAAUAUUAUGAUUGGCCCUCACCUGUGGGCCAAUAUGUCAUUUUCUGCUAGAAAAUCGAAUUUGUAUCAGUUUUGAUGAUGUUCUUUUAUCAUCAGUUUGAAAUGACUUUUGAUCCUAGACAGCACGGUCGUGCUGAAUAUUUAGGAUAUGAAUGACUUUAUAUUUUAUGAGAACCGGUUUUCGAUGUAGGUGAAGAACAAAUAUGAGUUUUCCAUUGAUUCGUCUAAUCUUAGCGAGUAUGUUAUCGAAUACAAGCAUUGUAUAUUAGGCACUAGGAUGAUAGCACACAAAUACCUUCAUUUAUGGAUGUUAUCUAGUGGUCAAUUUCUACAAAGAAAUGUUUCUUCGGUUAUCUUAAGAGUUAACAAAGAAUGGAAUCUUAAUGAACUUGUCAUUUGAUUCUUGACUACCUCAUAUGUCGCCAUUGACUAUGAAUAAAGCAGAUUGGUCACUAACUUGCCUACAGUUAAUAAUUUUGAUAUAAUCAUAUUGCAUUAUAUCAACCGAACUACGGAGGAUGCAAUGGAUGGCCUGACUGGUCUAGUACAUUUUUUAUAUUGACCAACUCAACAAUCAUAUUUAGUUCGGUUUGACCCAUUACUGUGUUGUCUAUUUUGUGCUGAGUUUUGUGAAAGUAUUUUGUCCUGUAUUUUUUUGUUCCUUAUAUCGUCUUAUAUGUUUCUUUGACAUGCAUCGGUAUUCUAUUUGUGGCCUAUGCCGCAAUUCUUUUCUAGUUGAGGUAUCUCGCUAGUCGUCCAAUGGAAUGUGGUAUAUCAACAAAAUGGAUGAAUUCGUUGUUAGUGAUAAACUAUCUUUGAUGGAUUCUGUCAUUAUUUCAAUAUCGUUUACCACAGGAGCCGUCAUUUGCACCUAACAUGGUUCUAACCACAAUGUUUUGGUAAAUUGUAUCAGAUGUUCACAAACAAAAGACAGUUGUCUCCGUCAUUUAUCGUUGCUAUUGAUGGUAUUUUAAUUGUUUAUAUACACAACACAAACAUUUGA